AUCGAUGGCAAGAAUUUAUUUAUAAAUUGUCAACGUUUAAUUUUGCACUUUGCUCAGUGUUAUACCUAGAUCUGGUACUGGGCACUAGAGAAGUUCCUGAGGUGAGGACACGUAAUUGUUUUAUCAUACGCACGAAUUUUCUGCCGGUUAGGUUGAAUUUACGCACUAGUGAAUUGUAAUUCAAGGAAAAAUGAGUCUUCAGUGGACGUUAAUUGCAUCAUUCCUGUACUUCGAAAUUUUCAUUGUCCUUCUCCUGGUGCUUCCCAUAGCAUCACCCACGAGAUGGCAGAGACUCUUCAAAUCCAGAUUUCUCCAGAGUCUGACCAAUCAGGCCGCUAUUUACUUCAUUAUUCUCAUAGCUAUUCUUGUCUUGUUCUUGUUGGAUGCUAUCAGGGAGAUGAGGAAGUACUCGACCAUGGAGCACUCUGAUCACGCACAUUUGGAUGCUGAGAUGCAAGGAAACAUGAGACUCUUCAGGGCCCAGCGGAAUUUCUAUAUAUCCGGUUUUGCCCUCUUUUUGAGUCUUGUAAUUCGUCGUUUGGUACUUCUCAUAUCAACUCAGGCGACUCUAUUGGCCCAGAGUGAGGCAUCGAUGCGUCAAGCACAAUCAGCCACAACAACAGCAAGAAGUCUCCUCGCCCAGAAAGGCGAGGCAGCCCAGAAUGACACAAAUGAGGCGCACGACAAACUAGUUUCCGAACUAAAGUCCCAAUUAUCAGAGUUGGCUAACAAAAAUAGCGAACUCGAGAGUGACCUGAGGAAGGAGAAGAAGGACAAGGAGGCACUUAAAUCCCAAGCUGAUUCACUCGCCAAAGAGUACGACAGAUUGACCGAGGAGCACGCCAAGCUGCAGAAGGCUGGUGGUGGUGAUAAGAAGAGUGAUUAGAGACUUCCAAUUCCUGUUUUUUUUUCUUUAAUAAUCUCGAGUUAAUUAGGGGAUACAAUUGCGCCCAAUUUGCUCUGAAUUCAUUUCCUCCGGAGGGUUUAAAUUAUUUUUGAAUGUGAGAGAAAGAUUUCAGAGCUCAUUGAGGCGUUAUUGGCCAUUCAAUUAAUAAUUUCAAUUUCAUGGUAUCAAGUAUAACGUCUCUCGUUCACUCAUUUGUUUGCUUCCUUCAUCCUCAUACUUCGAUGUAAUUAAUCUCCCUCAGAGAUUAUGUAUGAUCAAAAUGCUAUAGAUUUUUACAUACUUUAAUAUUACUCAUGGUAAUGAUUAGUUAAACUGCAGACCUGCAGUUUGUGAAUAAACGGUGUAAUUCGGA